AUGAUCAAUUUGCUUUACGCAGCGCUAGUGCAGUUCCGAGUUGAAAUUCAAGUAUUUACCUGCUUUUCGUGCGAGGAGACGGCGUGCUGUAUCCGUGCGAUCAUCGACCACUGCUCUGAAGUCGCGUUAAACUGCCACCGCAUCUUGCCUCGCCUCUGGUUUGAGCGGCCGUUUUUGCUGGAGGAAGAAUCUCAAUUUGAGCGCUUUCUCGUCUCCACGAAAAUCGUGAACCACUACGCAGCGCAGUCUUUGCUUCACAAAAUUUGCAUCGACGACCUAUUCCUUAAAAGGUAUCGUGAUACUGGCAUUUGGAUUUGA